AUGGCAGCACGACCGCGAAGGAUACAGAAACGCCUUUCAGAUAGUCCGAAAUCGAAGCGCCAACAACAAUGUCGCCGAAAAGAUAACUUGUUCUUUAAAUCCUUCGAGUACUGUCACGAGUGUGAUGCGGAUAUAUUCAUCAUGGUUCGAAACAAGCAAACUGGCCAAAUCAUAUUUUUGAACUCCAACAGCAACUGGCCCCCAUCACUGGAGGAGCUGGUAGAAUAUUCUCCUAUGACAAUAUUGAGAGCUUCGUACUAUCCAAAGCCGAAACAGGUCACAUGGAAAGAGUUAGCUGCCAGAUACGCUACCGAAGAGUUACAGAAUGUUCCGAGUGACCAGUCACAAGCCCGGGCAACUGAAAAAAAUCACAAGUAGCGGGAUCGAGAAAUGAGAGUGAGGCUGUGGCAUGUAGAGAUAAUAUGCAAAGGCUCCCGAAGUGCGAACGACACUAGAUUUUACAGUUGAGCUUCAGCUAAAACAGGCAGUAUAUACCCGUUUUAACAUGUCAUCUGGUUUUUUGAUACGAGGAUUAGUGUUGCUUCUUCGCUUCCUACUGUUUACCUGAACUGGGAUGGCGUAGAUCAACUUAAGCUUCGAGCAUGCUCCAGGACUUCUGCCGUGUUGUUGUAUUGAUCACUAUAGGCUCUAUAGAUCAGAUAUAACGUCUGCCUAGCGUUUAGCACGAGAAUACAUGAGAGGGUC